GACGACCAUAGAUAGAUCUAUAUUAGAGUAAAUUAGACCAUAGAUAUUAGAUAUUAUCUAUGUGACGACUCGGACUUACUAGGAAUGGCCGUACUCAUGGCAUUGAAGGCCUUCUUAAGCAUGUUAAUAUUUUUGGCAGAAGCAACAGAAGGAACUGAAAUUGUAUUCGUAAGCUUAGGAACAGUUAAAAGUCUGAGCCACACUGUUUCAUGUGAUGGAUGUGAGCUCCGAAGUGUGCCUCGUGGUUAUUUCCUUAUCAAUGGGAAUUUUGUAAACUCUGAAAUUGAAGAGGAAUUUGGGUUAAAGACUUCUUUUUCAGUCACUGAGGAUAAUGUGACUGUUGCUGUUGUUGUUACUGGACUACCUUUGAGUGAUAGGCUUUGGAUUGGCGUUGAAAUUUUUUGUUGUGAUACAUACACUACGCCUAUUGCUAAAAACUGGGAAAUAUUCAUUCUAGGAAUAACAUCAGUUGAGGAUGUAAAUUUGUCCAAUGAUGCAGGAGUUCGAGUAUUGUCAUGGUCUCCUCCUUCAUUCUUUUCUAAGGACAUACUACAAAAAGAAAAGCCAGUUUAUAAUAUUCUAGUGAACGGUGCUAGUAUAGUCAAUACUACUAAUACUAGUGUGUCGUUGAAUAACUUGAGCGUCAUCAGUAAUUGUAGCCCAACAAUACUUAUUGAUAUUAUUACCUCAGUUGGAAACUAUCGAUCAUCAAAGAAUGAAACAUUUCGAAACAAUGUCUGCAUUACAAAUUUAAUAAAUAAGACAAAGAUUUAUGAUUUAACUGAAGGAAAGUUCAGCACUAACAUCAUUUUUCAAUAUCUAUGUAGCAUCAAAGUGUGUUCAGCCACUUGUCUCAUCUCCAUUGACUAUGGAAAUGGUACUAUAAGUAACGAUUCCUUUCAAGUACUACCAUCCAAUAAAAAAUCUGUCACUGUGUCUCAAAUUAUAAACGGAUUAAAGCCUGGAAGUUACACAAUUGAAAUUGCGUGUAACUCUACUAAAGAUAUUCUUAAUUUUACUAUCAUAGUUCCAAGCAAUGAUUCAAUAAUCCAUAUUAACUCCUCCUUACCUCACUCCUUUAUCUCUACUACUAUCAGUUCUGUCAGGGAAGGACUUGAUGGAAUUGGAAGUACCUCUUCAAAUAUUGUUGAUACGUCUCCAGUUACAAGCUCACCUCCUCUUCCUGAUGGAGGUUCAGCUUCAACAAAGAUUGCUAUAGCACUUGUUAUUUCUAUUCUAUUUAUUUUCAUGAUUAUGAUUAUCUGCUAUCUACACUAUAUUAACAAAAAAAAGAAGGAAGUUGCUGCUAUUGAGGAUGAUGAUACAUCACAGGAACACAUUAAUAUUUUUGAUGCUAUUAAGCAGUGCCCUGUUGUAAUGCAAGAUAGACCACAAGAUGAGGUAGCUCUAAUUACAUGCACAUGUAUACAUAUUGUUUCGAUUUUAUUUACCAAGUACGUAUGUGUGUGUGUGGCCUAAAAAUUUGUGAAGUUUGUUGCAGUAAACUUUCAAAAUUAUUGUAUAACAGUGUAUGCUCCAAAAUUACCAUAAUUUAAAGCUUUGUGAACAUAUAAAUGUAAUUCAAUGUAUUUGACUGUCAGUCUUUUUAUUU